CGUAUACUCAAAUUUAUUGUUCAGAUUAUCCAGUCCGUCUAACGGGGCCGUCUCGGUGCGCUGGACGAGUUGAAAUCUACUAUAACGGCUGGCAAACAGUGUGUGAUGACGGCUGGGACUUGAACGAUGCUCAGGUGGUCUGCAGUCAGUUGAACUGUGGCGUAGCCAUGGCUGCUCCUCACUCGGCGUACUUUGGAAAAGGAUCAGAUAAAACGCUGCUUGACGAUGUGGCCUGUACAGGGAAUGAAUUACAUCUGACUCGGUGCUCACACAGAGGAUUCUGGGUACAAAACUGCACUCAUAAUCAGGAUGCUGGUGUGAUCUGUUCAGCGGGCCUGAGCAGGUUAAUCGGGCCAAGUAGAUGCUCUGGAAGAGUUGAAAUCUUCAACAAUGGAUCCUGGGGAACCGUCUGCAAUAACAGCUGGGACAUAAACGAAGCUCGAGUGAUUUGCAGACAGCUGGGAUGUGGCACAUCUCUGAGUGUCCUUCACUUUGGAGAGGGAAUAGGAGAAAUUACUGAAGUGACUUGCACAGGGAGCGAAAGAUAUCUGCCUGAGUGUUCGUACAGUAGCGUUGGAGCUCAGAACUGUAAUCACAGUCAGGAUGCUGGUGUCAUCUGUUCAGGCCCUAUAAGGCCCACUAUUGGACUUACUCCUCAAGGUGACAUCACCUUGGGUCAUAAUGUCAGCAUCAGUUGUUCAAUCACUGAUGCACAAGUAAGAGGGAUAUUUGUCUUGACGAAGACCACAGGCUCAUUCAGCCGGGCCGUGAACUCAAGCAGCAGCUCUGCUACUUUCAAUAUCCUUCAGGCCACAUUCAAUGAUCAGGGAUUGUACAAGUGUCAGCUCCAAAUCAUACUUCCCAAUGAAAACUUCACCACUCUCUUUAGUGACACAGUCCAACUAAGAGUGAUCUUUCCAACACCCAGGAUCAGUAUUGAACCCUCUGGAGUGAUUACUUUCAAUCAGGAUGUGAGAAUGGUUUGUUUAGUCACUAAUGAGCAAGGAGGAGGAUCAUUUAUCUUCAGGAAGUUUCACCCAGACUGUGAACUCAAGCAGCAACUCGGCUACUCUGUAUAUUCCUAAAGUUACCUUUACAGAUGAGGGAGACUACCAGUGUCAGUUUAAAGUGAGGAUUUCUAAUGAAGACUUCAGCACAAGCUUCAGCAGCAAUGUCCCACUCUAUAUAAAAGGUGAAAUUGCAAAACCCAACAUCACCUUGCAGCCUGCCGGUCUGGUUUCCUGGGGUCAGAGUGUCAGCAUUGUUUGCAACGUUAUGGAUGGAUUGAAUGGAUCAUUUACAUUCACAAACCCUCCCGGUUCUGUCAUUCAGACUGUGAAUGACAGAACCGGGAGUAUGCACUGAUGGAAGUGCAUACUGGAGGUCAAAAAAUUCAGUUUUGACCUCCAUACAAAAACAGCAUUGACUACAAAGGUCUGAAUAUAAACGCAUUCUGCAUUUUCGGAGAGAGAAAGAGAGAGAAACGACAAGAGUGUCAAUUUAUAGCCCAGUUUUUCUCCAAGAGAGGUGGGUAGACUGUGAGAUUAUUAACCAGUUAGCAUAGUCAGCUGAGCUAGAGACUACAGUUUGCCUCCAUUUCACUAGCAUUUAAUGAAUGAAGGGAAGAAUUUAACAUUUUCAUAUAUUUAACUUGCCCCUGUAAAGGGGUGCAACUACAUAUUUAUGAGGUGGAUGCGAACAUCUCACCGGCGCCCCCCCUAGACAUAAACUUGUACAACUGCCUGUGGG